GGGGUAUUGACUCAGGGAGGAUACAGUACUGGCUGAUGGGGGUAUUGACUCAGGGAGGAUACAGUACUGGCUGAUGGGGGUAUUGACUCAGGGAGGAUACAGUACUGGCUGAUGGGGGUAUUGACUCAGGGAGGAUACAGUACUGGCUGAUGGGGGUAUUGACUCAGGGAGGAUACAGUACUGGCUGAUAUGGGAGUAUUGACUCAGGGAGGAUGAAGUACUGGCUGAUAUGGGAGUAUUGACUCAGGGAGGAUACAGUACUGGCUGAUGGGGGUAUUGACUCAUGGAGGAUACAGUUAUUGCUGAUGGGGGUAUUGACUCAGGGAGGAUACAGUACUGGCUGAUGGGGGUAUUGACUCAGGGAUGAUACAGUACUGGCUGAUAUGGGAGUAUUGACUCAGGGAGGAUACAGUACUGGCUGAUGGGGGUAUUGACUCAGAGAGGAUUAAGUACUGGUUGAUGGGGGUAUUGACUCAGGGAGGAUACAGUACUGGCUGAUGGGGGUAUUGACUCAGGGAGGAUACAGUACGCGCUGAUGGGGGUAUUGACUCAGAGAGGAUGAAGUACUGGUUGAUGGGGGUAUUGACUCAGGGAGGAUACAGUACUGGCUGAUGGGGGUAUUGACUCAGGGAGGAUACAGUACGCGCUGAUGGGGGUAUUGACUCAGGGAGGAUACAGUACUGGCUGAUGGGGGUAUUGACUCAGGGAGGAUGAAGUACUGGCUGAUGGGGGUAUUGACUCAGGGAGGAUGAAGUACUGGCUGAUGGGGGUAUUGACUCAGGGAGGAUACAUGGAGACAGAUUGCUGUGAUUGCUACUGACAUUUCCAACACUUCUGACAUCAUGUGAAGGAAUCUAGAGGAUGAAGAGGAGGAGGGGUGACGUAUACAUCCCAUCGCCGGUGCUUCACAGAAAUAAUACUUAGAUAAAGAAGUUAUCUAGAGAGGAGCGCCAUGAUGGAUUCUAUUCAGUCUACACCUGAUGUCUUCACCACAGAUAGCACCUUGAGAGAACCAUACAAUGAGACCCAACUGUCACCAUCCAACUCAACCCUACCCGUCGAGCAUCACAACAGCUUCCACAACACCCUACUAGGACUCUUCCUGGGCUUCCUGUCGCUGCUCACCGUCAUCAUGAACAUCCUGGUACUGUACGCUGUGAAGAAGGAGCGGACCCUCCACACGGUGGGCAACCUCUACAUCGUCAGCCUCUCCGUGGCGGAUCUCAUCGUCGGGGCCACCGUGAUGCCCCUCAACCUGGUCUAUCUGCUGGAGGACGAGUGGAGCCUGGGGAGGGUCGUCUGUCAGUUCUGGCUCGUCGUGGAUUACGUAGCCAGCACAGCCUCAAUCUUUAGUCUGUUUAUACUUUGUCUGGAUCGGUAUCGGUCCGUGCACGAGCCGCUGAGGUACCUGAAGUACCGGACCAGAGGGAGAGCUAGCGUUAUGAUCUCAGGGGCCUGGCUGUUGUCUAUGAUGUGGAUUAUUCCUAUUCUAGGGUGGAGGUCGAUUGCUACGGUCGAUCUUAAGCCGGAGAUGGAAAAUAAGUGUGACACUGAUUUCCGAUUUGUUACGUGGUUUAAGGUUCUGGCUUCAGUGUUUAACUUCUACGUUCCCUCUCUGUUGAUGCUGUGGCUCUACUCACGUAUCUACACGGCUGUGAGGCAGCACUUCAGAGAGAGGGAGAAGUUUAUCAAUCCCACAGAUUCCGUGGCGGGAAACCGUAUCGGACACAAAGUCCAAACAGGAAAUAGCUCCUGCAAAUCUUCUAACAAGGAAAAGAAGGGAAAAAACAGUGACUUUGAUCAGUACACUUUAGACCAGCCGUACGACUCCACAGACACAGCUGAAAUCAACACACCCAGGGAACCCAAGUCUGGGAAAGACUCUCACUCGAGUCAUUCACUGCUCAGAAUGACAAAACGUCUAAGGACGACUGUAAAAGAAAAAAGAAAGAGCAACUCUUUUCAGGAUUCAGACUCUGACCCUUUGAACCUGUCAAGGUUACCUCUCAGCUUCACACACGACGACAACAAUGUGCAGGAACUGUACGUGUCCAUGAGCGACAUAGCCGUGCCGCCAAACUCCAUGGCUAGCGUCUGCGAGAUAACCCAGAUAGCUGAUGUGCAGAGACACAACAACGAUUUCACCCAGUCUCUGAAUUCACCCCUGUCACCAUGGCCCCAGGAGAACUCAGAUCCUGAUGGUGGUACUAACCCGGACGCUGUAGCCAAUGCUGUGACUCUGAAGCAGACCUGGCAGAAGUUCUGUGUCCAGUCCAGGAAGCGUAUCCAGAUCCUUCAGGUCCAUAAGGAGCACAAAGCGGCCAAGCAGCUGGGCUGUAUCAUAGCUGGGUUCAUGCUGUGCUGGAUCCCCUACUUCAUAGUCUUUAUGGUCAUGGCUUUCUGCCAGACCUGUGUACAUCACGACCUACAUAUGUUCACGAUAUGGCUUGGGUAUAUAAACUCUACUUUGAACCCAUUCAUAUACCCCCUCUGCAAUGGGAAUUUCAAAAGGGUGUUCAAAAAGAUUUUACACAUUAAUUUGUGAUGAAAGGUUUUCUGAACAGUGCCUUGAGUGGCCGGUUGCCCUUUCAGUUCAUUUUUUUGGUGCUGCUUUAACUUAUAGUGUAUUCGGAAAGUAUUCAGACCCCUUGACUUUUUCCACAUUU